GCAGCAUGUCUCGGAGGAAGAUCUCGUCUGAGUCCUUCAGCUCGCUGGGCUCCGACUACCUGGAGACCAGCCCCGAGGACGAGGCGGAGUGUCCCCUGGCUCGGCUCUGCUGGAACGGCAGCCGGAGCCCGCCCGCGCCUCCCCGGCCCGGCGCCGCCCGGGCCCCCGCCGCGGCCGCCGCAGCUGUAGCCUCCGCCUCCGCCUCCGCGGCGGCCGGGGCCCGCAGGGUGCAGCGCCGGCGGAGGGUCAACCUGGACUCGCUGGGCGAGAGCAUCAGCCGCCUCACGGCGCCCUCGCCUCAGACAAUACAACAGACUUUCAAGAGGACAUUGCAAUAUUAUGAGCACCAAGUUAUUGGUUACAGAGAUGCAGAAAAGAAUUUCCACAAUAUCUCUAACAGAUGCUCCUAUGCAGACCACUCCAACAAAGAGGAAUUUGAAGAUGUCUCAGGAAUUCUUCAGUGUACUGCUAAUGUACUUGGUUUGAAGUUUGAGGAAAUUCAAGAGAGAUUUGGUGAGGAGUUCUUUAACAUAUGCUUUGAUGAGAAUGAGAGAGUUCUUCGAGCUGUAGGCGGCACAUUGCAGGACUUCUUUAAUGGCUUUGAUGCUUUAUUGGAGCACAUUAGAACUUCUUUCGGCAAACAGGUCACUGUGGAGUCACCAUCAUUCCUAUGCAAAGAGCUCCCAGAAGGUACUCUUCUGCUCCACUACUUCCACCCUCACCAUAUUGUGGGGUUUGCGAUGCUGGGGAUGAUCAAGGCUGCAGGAAAGAAAAUCUAUCGACUGGAUGUGCAAGUGGAACAGGUGGCCAAUGAGAAACUGUGCUCUGAAGCUUCAGGUCCAGGCAAUUGUAACUGUCUCACUUUCCUUAUCAAAGAGUGUGACAACACAAACAACACAAAGAACCUUUCCCAGGGGACCUCCCAAGUUCCUGCCGACCUCCGAAUAAGCAUCAGCACCUUCUGCAGAGCCUUCCCUUUCCACCUGAUGUUUGACCCCAGCAUGUCUGUGCUGCAGCUGGGGGAAGGGCUGAGGAAGCAGCUCCGAUGUGACACUCACAAAGCGCUCAGGUUUGAGGACUGCUUCGAGAUUGUUUCUCCAAAGGUUAAUGCCACCUUUGAACGAGUCCUGCUGCGACUGUCCACCCCAUUUGUAAUUAGGACCAAGCCUGAGGCAUCUGGCACUGAAAAUAAAGACAAGGUCAUGGAAGUCAAAGGACAAAUGAUCCACGUCCCAGAAUCAAGUUCCAUUCUGUUCUUGGGCUCUCCAUGUGUGGACAAGUUGGAUGAACUCAUGGGGCGUGGACUGCAUCUGUCAGACAUCCCUAUCCAUGAUGCCACCAGGGAUGUCAUUUUGGUUGGUGAACAGGCAAAGGCCCAGGAUGGCUUGAAGAAAAGGAUGGAUAAACUAAAGGCAACAUUAGAGAGAACUCAUCAGGCCCUGGAGGAAGAGAAGAAGAAAACAGUGGAUCUCCUCUACUCUAUUUUCCCUGGUGAUGUAGCCCAGCAGCUGUGGCAGGGACAGCAAGUGCAGGCCAGGAAGUUUGAUGAUGUCACCAUGCUCUUCUCAGACAUCGUGGGCUUCACAGCCAUUUGUGCCCAGUGCACCCCCAUGCAGGUGAUCAGCAUGCUGAAUGAACUCUACACCAGAUUCGACCACCAGUGUGGGUUUUUGGAUAUUUAUAAGGUGGAGACAAUAGGUGAUGCCUACUGUGUUGCUGCAGGACUACACAGAAAAAGCCUCUGCCAUGCCAAGCCCAUAGCUCUGAUGGCCCUGAAGAUGAUGGAGCUGUCAGAGGAGGUGCUGACACCUGAUGGAAGGCCAAUUCAGAUGCGGAUCGGGAUUCACUCGGGCUCUGUGCUGGCUGGUGUUGUUGGCGUGAGGAUGCCCCGAUACUGUCUAUUUGGAAACAAUGUCACUCUGGCGAGCAAGUUUGAAUCGGGAAGUCACCCUCGGCGUAUCAACGUCAGCCCCACCACUUACCAAUUAUUAAAACGGGAAGACAGUUUCACAUUCAUUCCUCGGUCCCGUGAAGAGCUUCCAGACAACUUUCCAAAGGAAAUCCCUGGGAUCUGCUAUUUCCUGGAGCUGAGGACUGGUCCAAAGCAACCAAAGCCUUCACUCUCUUCAUCGAGAAUAAGAAAGGUUUCCUACAACAUUGGCACCAUGUUCCUCCGGGAGACAAGCCUCUGAGACCCGCUGCAGAUACGAGACUCCCCCCAAAAGCACAAGCCAGAACUUGGGUCAGGAGAGUGGAGAGAUUGGAUGUGACUGCUGUGUUCUGUCAGGCAAUAAUCCAAGCAAGAGGUGGGUGAUGACUACUGGGGACAGGAUGCUUGAUCCAGAUGAGUGUUGCUGGACGGACACACACACACACACACACACCUUUAAUUACAACAGGGACCCAUUCCACAAUGGCCAACACAGAGACUCCAUGUCUUGAGAGUUUGUCACUAACUCACACAGGCUUCUUCCCCUAUAUAUUUGUAUCAAAUUCCUACAUUUAGAGAGUUGGUGUGUAAGGACUCUUUUCUAAUUUUGUUUCUUUGAACAGACAUUUCAUACAUAUAUCAUGGCUGUGCAGGAAAAUCCCCAUCAAGAAAUGUAACUUAGCAAAUAUUUUAGUGAUAUUACCUAUUUUUAUACAUUGUCUUCUUCUAGAUAAUUACAUUUCGCAUAACAUCCUGCCUCUAUAGUUGGCUGUUAAUACGAUAUAGUUUCACUUAGAUUCGUGCUUUGACUGAGAAUGCAGAUAACCAAGGAUUUCAGAUGCUGAGAAAGCACUGUAUGUUUUGCUUGAGAAAUGCAUGUGGUAGAUUUAAUGAAUGUAGCCUGCAGUCCAGAGGGAAUGAUUUCUGAAUAGCAGAUUUGUCUAUAACUAAGAAAGACCAGUUGCAACUAUGGGCCCUUUGGAAGUCAGCACCUAGAAAUGCAGCUGGUUUCCCAGCCCACUACAGUGCAUAGUUUCCAGCUUUCCAUUAGGUGACAUCCAGCACUCUCCACCUUCUUGUGUAGUUGCUGUCUGCCCUGGAGCAAAUCCCUGUAUGCUGGCAUAGUGAGGAAGGGAUACGUAAAGCACGUUUUGCUAAUAAUGAUCCUUCUUGCAUAAUUCAAACUAAGGAAAGCCCCUGUCACAUGGCUUUUCUUCUACAAUCUGAUUGUUAAUGGCUUUUCCAUUCAGUGAAUUCCCAUAGUUACAGAUGUGCUUCUGUUGCAUGGCCUGGUAAAUGAAUCCCCCCUUCCUGUUAAUCUCUGUGGCAUCAAAAUACCUUUACAGACUCACCUGGUGCUAGGGGCACAUUAUACACAGACUCUUCUGAUUUGGUCACAGACAGAAAUCUGUGGCUUCAGCUGAGCCUAGUGAGAUGGAAGGUUGUGCUUUGCCAACUUAUGUCUACUCAGUGCAGCAGGCUAGGAAUGACAUCACUCAGCUAAGGAGCAUCAUAUGACUAGCGCCCAGUGUAUAUGAAGAUUACUCCACACUGUAAGUUCUCUCUGCACUCUCUUCACCCCAGAUGCAUGAAGACAACUGGGCAUCAUCCUUCCUUACUGUGGAGAAGAGAGCCCCAGUCCCUCUUCCCUGGGUCUAGCCAUAGGGGGUGAGGAGGGCUAGUGAGGUAGGCUGAGAACAGAGGGCCUUCUCACAAAGGAGAUGAGCCCACUUCUACCACAGGGGUUGAAGGUGGCAGUCAGCACCUCAGCCUUCAAACCAACCACAGGCAACACUUGAGCUAUGCUUAAGAGCUCCUCUGAGCAUGGGGAGACAGCCAAGUAAGUACACUGUAGUCGUUUAUUUCUACUCUGACAUUAAGUUAAUAGCUUAUUACAGUAAAUCAAUAAACAUUUUGGUGGUAAAUGUAUUUUAUCACCAUAGAUUAUGGAAAGAGACUUGCAGAAAUUGUCUGAUCUAUUUCUCAAUUAAAAAAAAAAAACUUUGAAGAGCUACUCUAAACGUUAGCACUCAUACUGUAGCAUCAUUGAAACCCCCUUCACUUCCAGGACCUGACACAUGAACUGUCUUCAGUUUGCCAGAGAAUCACAUUCUCCCUUACUGGGCCUGCUUAGAAAAGAAAUAGCCAAUUACACUGCUAUAAAAUGUUACUACCAAGGACAUGCUUCACAUCUUAUUAUAUAUUAAAGACAAAAGAUAAGCUACUUUUUUAUACAGUAUAAUCUAAAUAUAUGUUUGAAGCUAUAGUCUGAGGCAGUGUUUUAUCUGUUAGCAUUCUGCCAACCUAGUCAGCUAGUAUGGUGUUGCCAUGUGUGUUUGUAAGGUGCUGUAAUAAAUGGUGGUUGUAUCUGUGGUGAUAGAAUUUAGAAGCUGUGAAAAAGCAUUACAUAUUUUUAUUUGUCCUUCAAGUAUAGUUCUCACAUGUGGGAACUGUGACUCUUAACAAUGGUGGCACUUGGUAUUUCAUUGGAGUAAUAAUAAUGGUUAAUGGUUAAAAGGAGUUUAAACAUCUAAUCUCACUAGAUAUAAAGACCAGGAGUAGAUGAAAUGUUGGUCUUAUAGACAGGAGGUCCAGAAUCUGAUCUAGCUUCACAUGUGCUGCCCCCACAAAUAUGUCUUUAAAAUAAAUUAGGACUGGGUGAAUGGCCUUUUGAAGAAGCUUCUUUGUGACUCACUACCAGUACCAAGGCUUUCCACUGGCAUCAGUGCCAUCUUGCUGGAGACCAUUAGUCACUAGGAGGAAUAAGCUGGUUAUUUGACAAAGUUAGCACUGUAUGUGCUUGCUUCGUAGUCUUCAUUACUAGAUAACCUUGGGCACCUGACUUGGAUGGAGACAGGUGUGCAGAUAUUCAGGGAGCAAGAAAACUGCACUGUAGGUAGGUUUUGUUCUGAUCUGCAUAGAGUCCCACUGAGGCCCACCCAGACCCCUGAUGUGCCUCCUCUGUGCUUCUGAAUCUGACCCAAACUUGUGCAGGGGCACUGCUUCCAUGUACAGGUGACUCCAAGAACUAACUCCCAGUACCUUCAUGGACUGUUUCUCUGCAAUUGAUCACAGUUGACUCUGACGUGCUGACAUGCCUUCCAGCCGCCAAUACCUAAAAACUCCAGUCCAAAAACCAAGCCCUACAGAAUAGCCUGGGUGUUUGUAUUGCAUACAACACACCUCAUGUACAGUAACUAUACCACUGCAGAGACUGAUAAGUCUGUCUGUCUUACUGACUACAGUCUGAAAGACAGGCUGUCUGAUAGGACUAAGAACUCAAUUAUCAAAGUUUAAUGCCCAAUGUGAAUAAAGUUUCCAUAUGUAUAGCUCUUGACAACCAGACGAUUUAACAUACACAUAAAUGAACACACAGCAGAUGGAUCAACUGACCCACCUGUGGACACAAUCAGGACACUUGCAGUGGUAAGUGGAGAACACUUAAUAGAUAAAUACGAGACUAACAGAAACCUUGGCAGCACAUGAAGAUAGUGUGCAAAAUUCCUUCCUCACACUUGAUUUACAUAAAUUGAAACCCAGAUAUUACUAUCCCGCUACCUUUCUGUUCCAUCUUUCUGCCCUUUAGGGAAAAACCAAGACAUUCUUAGACAACAGGGAGAUCACAUCCAACCUCAUGUCAUGAAACAGUUUUAUAAGGUAAUGAAUGUUCUGAGUACAUGUUUAUGUGUAUGAGAGCUGACAUUUUGGGUGUAGUAGCUAGAGCUUGAGUUUUUAUUUCUAAUACAUUUGACCAGACCACAGCUCUAGCCAAGUGUCACUGCCAUCUUGUUUUUAUGCACACAUGAAUGGGUCUGUUCAAUGGUUCAACUUAUCAGUUAAAUUACGAAGAGUUACCUAGGAGUUUAGAAGGUGAACCUAGAAUUGCACCUAGAACACCAGUCCAGAUAAUUCUCACCUACAACCAGAUUUGGGGAUCCCUGCAGAGUAUGCGGGUACUCUCAACUACUAGGAAUAAACACAAACUGGCUUAGCUAGCAACACAGUAUCUCACUUGUAGUGACUUUCAAAAGUUAGCUACUGGGAGUCAGGCAGCAGCGCAGCAGUUAAGCGCACGUGGCACAAAGUGCAAGGACCGGCGUAAGGAUCCUGGUUCGAGCCCCCGGCUCCCCACCUGCAGGGAAGUUGCUUCAUGGGUGGUGAAGCAGGUCUGCAGGUGUCUAUCUUUCUCUCCCCCUACUCUCUCCAUUUCUCUCUGUCCUAUCCAACAAUGACAACAUCAAUAACAACAGCAACAAUAAUAAUAAUUUAAAAACAAGGGCAACAAAGAAAAUAUAGUAAUAAAAAAAUAGCUACUCUGGUCUUUGUACACCGUUUCAGCUUUUUAUUUACCUUUACAUUGUGCUCCUUUGAGCAGGAGUUGUCAAACUUACUAGACCCAGAAGAAAGCACUGAUAAUAAGCAUGAGGGAUGACUAUUGCUCACUAUAGGGCUACUAGGCAUUAUAAUGGGGACCAUCUUCUUAGUCACUGCCAGAAGUACUUGCUAAUUCUCACCACUAAGAUACAAAGCAGGUACUUUUGGAUCAAGAAGCAAAUGUUGAAAUGACAGCCUUCCUUAUUUCUGAGUGCUUUGACUUUUAUGUUAAGGAAAAUCACUAACAAAUACUUACUCUCACAUUGAAUUGUACAUUCAUCUGAACAUGGUUUUCUAGCAAUAUCUUAUAACUUUUCAAGCAAUAAUUAAGCCAUGUUGAUAAUGUCAUAUGAAACUUGUACUCUGUGCUGUACAGAACCUUUGGGGAAACACAUGUUUUCUAUCAGCAAUAACACAGUUAAUUGGACUUUUGAAAGAAAUUUAUCAUUCUGCUGUAACAAAAUGAACAACAAAUGAUGACGACUCAGAUUAAGCACGUCAUGACUCAAGUCAUUCAAUUGCAGCCAUAUAGAUUAAUAUACUUCCAUCUGAUUUUCUGUUCCAUAAUUUUUGAAAUACUACAAUCUUAUUUCUACUCCUCUAAAGUGAAUUGCGUGUAUUCAAAUCUUUAUAGUAUGUCACAGUAAGUGGUAGGUAAGGCUGCACGAGGUGAAUGGGAAAGUAGAUUUUGCAAAAACUAGAGAUGGGUCUUGGGAGGGAUUCAUGCAAAUGCUAGUGUGAUUAGGGCCUUUGAGUAGUGUAAGACUAUGAAUAAUUAACAUUUUAUAAAAGACUCAUUACCACUGGGUUAUUGUUGGUGGUGAAUUUUUAGUUAGUACAGUAGUAUCUUGGUUUUAGAAUAGUUGUAGUUGAAAAUCAUGUAGUCAUAUUGAAACUAGCCCACCCAUUUUCAGCUGUUCUGACAAAAAUGGUAGCAGUUUUCAAGAUGAAAAGUUGAUAUUUUUGUCUUAUUAAAAUAUAAUUGGAAUCAAAUGUGGCAUAGAUUAUAAUAAUCACUCAUUGAAUUAUUGAAUCUCCCCCUUGGUCAUUAAUAAUGAUAUAUGAUUAAUAGAGUUAAAAUCUACUUAUAAGCUCAAGUUAUAAUAACUUCUAUCAUUAGGCUACUAUUCAGUAAUAGCAUAUACAUUUAGGAUUUUUUCCUAAAUGUCUAAAUCAUACUAGUUAGUGCCUAGCUAGCUGGGUAAGCUCUGCUCUAAUCAUGAGUCUGAACACAACAGGAAUGACGGAUGGGUUUGGUAGUAAGCUCUCUGCUUGCGAGCCAUGACAAAACUCGAGUUAGCAUCCUCCUUCCCACAGGCGUAAAUAUUUUCCUGACAGGAUUCUUAAUUAACUAAGAAGCUUCUUUAUAAUUAUCUUGUUGUACACCAUUGAAUGCUUGCCUCUGGAUUACUACUAAUAAAAAUAAUGCGAAUCCAUUAAUUUAUACUAACCCUACCCUCAGUUAAUUCAGCUGGUCUUGAAUCAUAUUAAACAGUAGAGGCAAAAGUGCCAAGUCAAGCAAUGCUUUGUUUUGGAUUCUUGUGAUACAUAAAUUUAAAGUGGAGAAAUCAAUUUCUAUUCAGUCCUCCUGUGUGGCUUUCUCACUAUUUGGAGAUAGAGCAUCUAUCAAAUGCCUUUAAAUGUAAGUAGGCCAGUGGCGCUGUGAUUGUGGCGGGAUCAGAUGUAUAUCCUCACACACUCAAGAGUGCUGGACAGGAGCCCAUGAGAACUGAGCAAACAGGUUUAAUUUUUUAGCUUUCUGAGGUGUACUCUUGUAUGAUAGUUGCUUUCCACAAAAGACCCCCCCCACCCCCGGUGCAAUGAAAGCCAGAUACUUGGAAUAGCUGGAUUUUUUUUUUUUUCCGCUUAGGGGGGAUUAAUAGUUGACAGAAUUUAGCAUAGGGCACCAAAGUAAAAAUCUCUGGGUUGAGGGUGAGGGUGGAUCACUUUAUAGGCAAUUCUGUAGGUGUCUGUCUUUCUCUCCUCCUCUCUAUCUCCCCAUCCUAUCCAGCAACAACAACGAUAAACAACAAGGGCAACAAAACGGGGAAAAAUGGCCUCCAGGAGCAGUGGAUUCCUAGCUCAGGCACCAGGCCCCCAGCAAUAACCCUGGAGGCAGAAACAAAACAAGACAACAACAACAAAACAAAAAAAAAAAAGAGGAAAGAGAGGAGAGGAGAGGAAGACAGAGGGAGAGAAAGAUAAACCCCUGCUGGUGGGGGACCCAUGCCCAAACCUCCAUCCUUACAGCUGCACUACUGCCAAAGCCCCAAGGGUAUUCCUCAUUCUUGGUAGCUUGAGUAGUAUUCCAUUGUGUAUACAGACCAUACCUUUCUCAGCCACUUUUGGCUAUUCUUAAUGAGAGAAGAAUCUGAAUAAAGUUAGUGGUGGGCUUUCCAACCUGAGAGGCUGGAAUUAGAAAUGGACAGAGCUUUAGCCCAAGUCUCUGAAGGUGGCAGGUGGAACCAGACUACACUACAAAGACAUCAGGACUGAGGAGGCCAAAAAACCAUCUGCCAUGUGUCGCAGGAACCCUGCUAACAUCAACACAAAAAGUCUACCUGUGCAAAUGACAAGAGAAACUAAACACUUCUUGGUAAAUAACGUGACGGCGGGUAGACCUAUGCUUAUUUUGUUCUUAUGUUAUAAAAAUCACAUCUUUCUUGGAUUUUUUUCUUUUUGUGGCCUUUCCAUAUACAGUGCUACUGCUCUUGUGCCAACUUUUUUCAUCCUUUUACUGCAUACAGAGCAGAGAGAGGCUCUGCACCACUGCUCCACCACCAGUACUCGGUACUCCCAUGUACUGCCGCUCAAACCCGGGGUGUCGUGCGUGACAAGGUGUGCAGUGUAUCAAGUGAGCUAUCUCAGGUCCCUACCUGGGAAAGGUCAUCACAGAGUGGAAGAUAGGUACUGCGUAUCUUUAAAUCUGUAAAACCACAAACUGGACUAUAUCUGUUAGCACAUUACGGCUCAUCUCUAGAUUAAAAGAGAGGCCAUGCUGACCCACCUCAUUUUGGGGCUGCUCUGAAUGACUGAGGGCCUAUCUGGGGUGCUCCAGAAGUGGUACUGGGAGAGAGUCAGAGCACUUGGUGUUCUAAGGGAAAUAUGAAUUCUUGGUCACCUACACUGAAAAGUGAGCCAUCUCAUCAUGCAAAGGUGUUUCUCUCAUAUCAACUAGUUGAUUCAAAAGCAUUCAUUUGAAAUAGAAAAAUUUAUAGGUACAAACUAACCCAAGCAGUUUUUAAUCCAAUUAUCAAGUAUAAUUUAGUACAAAGAUUAGCUGCCAAUACUUCCAUAGAAAAGUCAAACAUUUUCUAAAUGCAAAAAGCUCUUUAGCACUAGGAAAAAAAUGCUGCUGGGUUUCUUAAUUAUUUAUUCCUGGAGAUAACAUAAUUGUUAGUUAGCCAUUUUAUAGGUAUUGUGUGCAACAGAUUGACACUUAGAGUUUCUUACUGUCUGAAGAUCCUCUUUUUCCUCCCUACCUUCCCCUCUUUUUCGCCCCAUCUACCUUUCAUUUUUUCUAAGUAUCAGGGCUUAUUUAUGUAGACAACAUACUUUUGCUCCCUAGAAGAAGUUUCUUCCACUUGUAUGAGAUUAUUUCCAGAAGCUACUCUCCAGUGCUGCCUGGCUCAGUGCCUAGAGAGCCGGGACAUGGCCUGGCCUCCUUGUGCCCUGGGUGACUUGGAUGGUGUCUGAGGCCUUUUUGAGAGUUUGAGAAACAUUGCCGCCAACUGUCUAAGUCUACUCUUCUGAAAAAGCAAUAUACACUGAAUUCCAUAUUUCGUAGCCUUUAUUUUAGCAUAUUUUAAUAAAGCUGUUUAUAGCCACAAUUUUUAUGCAUUCACAAGAUUUAGCAGCUUACUCUGUCCUUAAAUACAGAACAAGAUACAGAACAGCAUGGUGUAUGGUAUGUCAAGGGGUCAACCAUUUACAAAUACUAAUUUUAAAAGUCAUUUUUUCAGGGAGAUUCUUAUUACUCUUAGCAGGGUAGUAGAUUCAGAGUCAAAAAGAGGUCAAACAUCUUAUUUAAAAGGGUAAUCAUUAAGAAGACAAAAAAGAGGGGAAAAGGUAUUUCAGGUUCCCCUUCAACUACAAUAACAUGAGUAGGAUAUGUACAUUUGGUGUGAGAAAUAAUUCUCCUGAACAGAUUUUAACUCUACUGUGUACCAGUAUAUUAAUAGCCUAUUCAAACUAUUAAACAAGUUAUGUUUGUGUGUGUUUGUGUGCUUACAAAUACAAAAUAGCAUAUAAGUAACACUUUAGUUUUUCCUUUAAAGAAAAAAACUUUGAAUUUUGGUUCUUUCAUUUUAACUUAUGUAUUAACACAUGUCAGGGUCUCCCACUCUUGCAGGUUAGAUAGUUCUUACAGGGAAAAGAUAUAAACAGUUCAUAAAAUUAAUAAGUUCAAAGGGGAAGAAUUUGUGUGAAUUGACUUUUACUCAUUCCAGACAGGCAGCUCUUCCUGUGGUUUCUCAAGGGUUUCAAACUUGUUUGGUGUAUAUUUGAUAAUCUUAAAACUCAUUCAGAUAAAGAGAUAUGACCUUCAAUACCUUUAGCAUUUUUAUAAAAUUCCCGAGGGAAAUGUUUUUAAUAAUGAAAGUCAAAAUAGAAGAAAUGUGGUUGAGAAAAACAGAAGAAUAUUAUAUAGUUUGAAUAACAAAGACCCAUGACCCUAUUUUUACUAUUUUUUUAAACUCCUGCAGAAUUGAUAACUAAGGCCUCAGCGGGCAAAAUUUAGAAGCUCCUAAUCAUUGCCCAUGCUUCAAGAACUGAACAUAAGCAAACAUUACGCUAUAUGGAAAUGUGUUUAUGUCAGCAUACAGGGAGGGUUAGGACUAUUAGAGAAACUGGGUUAGGUACCAAUUAGAAAUGGUCCGUGGAGAGAGAUACUUCUGAGUUUUCUUAGAGUUGGAUGGAUAGCUUUUUGUGUAAAACAAGUAUUUUCCUAAGAGUUUUUGCCAUGGAAAGUCCUUCUCCCCCCCCCCCCCCCCAGGGUUAUUGCUGGGGCUUGGUGCCUGCACUACAAAUUCAUUGCUCUUGGAGGCUGCUUUUCCCUUUUGUUGCCCUUAUUGUUUUAUCAUUGUUGUUGUCAUUGCUGUCGUUAUUGUUCGCUAGGGCAGAGAAAUGGAGAGAGGAGGGGAAGACAAAGAGGGAGAGAAAGAUAGACACCUGCAGACCUGCUUCAUGGCUUGAGAGGCCAGGGGCUUGAACUGGGAGCCUUACGAUGGUCCUUGCGCCAUGUGCGUUUAACCCGCUGUGCUACUACCUGACACCCCUCAACCCCCUAUGGAAAAAGUUAAGCACAUGACAAACAGUCUCAUUAAGAUUUUAAAAUGUACAUUCCAGAAUGCACAUCACUCUUCAUUUCAGAAUCCACCUUCUCAAACUCUUGAUUCUUCAGCUGUGAUUAGCCAAAGGGUGUCACACCCUAAGCAGUACUUUAGAAUGAAAAGCUUAAAACAAAUGCCUACUUACUUCAGUGCAUACACUAAAUAGUCAGUUCAUUCCCAUCAGACAUUCUGGAACUACAUAAUAGUAGGUCAGCUCCCAGCUUAAUAACAUAAAUACAAUGCACUAGGCCUUCAUUUACUUCCUCUGCAUGGGCCAGGUAUUUUUUAAUCAGGUACCUGAGUUAUCUUAGUGUUUGGGUCAAUUUAUUUUCUGUCACUUCUUAGGCCUGAAGUUUUACCUUGGCUUGCAAUGUAAGUAAUACUGUAUAUCAGCUAUUUUAUUAUCAAAUUAUACUUUGUGAAUCAUUUCUUUAAACAAAAAUAUCUAACAGUUAAAAACAAAUUACAAUAUCAUCAGGUAAUGCCAAGAAUAUAUACCAAUAUAUCUAUAGGGCAUGGUUAAAUUGCAUAUAUUUUAAAUUGUCAAGGUAUUUUGUUUUUUAAAAGAUGACUGCACCUGUCCAACCUGUACCAUUACUUUAAAAAAGUUUCACUUGGUGUUUAAUACUAUAUUUUAAAUACCUUCCCUUCUCUAGUAGUACAGGUUAGAAGAAACUCUUUUGCUUGAUUUAUGAAAUACGCCUCCCUUCACAGGGUUUCAGGGGUGGAUGUCAGUGUAUCUGGGCACUUCAGUAUUAUGAACACCCACUGCUUCUUUGCUAUCCAUGUGACACUACUUUUCACUUAGUAGAUUAUGCUUCUUUGUAAUUAUUCUAAAUGAUGAACAAUGUAAAUAGCAUGUUUUACUAAACAAAAAUGUCUUUGAUUUACAGACUGUAGAACAAGGUAGAUUUGCAUAUGGAAAUUGAGUGAUGAAAAUGCUGGGUUUUAUAAAAGAAAUGACAGGUGGUGAGUCAUAAUGAAAUCAUUGUUAAACCAA